CGCUCUGCAGGUGUCGCUGUUCCACCGGCUCUUCCUUCAGCCGGAGUCUGCCCCUAGCUUGUCUGGAGACUCGACGGUCAAGGUGAAAGGUUCUGAAGAUGGCGGCGUCCUUUCUGGAGGAAGAAGUGGAUAACGAUGACUAUUAUUCGCUGAUGAACGUCAGGAGGGAGGCGACUCAGGAGGAACUAAAGGCAUCCUACCGCAGGCUGUGUAUGUUAUACCAUCCAGACAAGCACAGAGACCCAGAGCUGAAAAAACAAGCGGAGCAACUCUUUAACCUUGUUCACCAGGCUUAUGAAGUUCUCAGUGACCCUCAAUCAAGAGCUAUUUAUGACAUCUAUGGGAAGAAGGGGCUGGAGAUGGAAGGCUGGGAGGUUGUAGAGCGGAAACGAACAGCAGCUGAGAUCAGAGAAGAAUUUGAGAGAUUACAAAGGGAAAGAGAAGAAAGAAGGCUUCAGCAGCGAACCAAUCCUAAGGGGACAAUUAGUGUUGGAAUUGAUGCCACGGAGCUGUUUGAUCGUUAUGAUGAAGAUUUCGAAGACAUUCCAGGAAGUGGCUUUCCCCAGAUUGAAAUUAACCGAAUGCACAUCUCUCAGUCUAUUGAGGCCCCUCUGACUGCAUCGGAUACAGCAAUUCUCUCAGGAAGCCUCUCCACACAGAAUGGCAAUGGUGGGGGAUCAAUAAACCUUGCUCUUAGACGAGUGACCUCAGCCAAAGGAUGGGGAGAGUUAGAGUUUGGAGCUGGUGACCUUCAAGGACCUUUGUUUGGUCUUAAGAUCUUCCGUAAUCUUACACCUAAAUGUUUUUUCACUACAAACUGCGUUUUGCAGUUUUCCUCUCGUGGGAUCCGGCCAGGCCUCACAACCAUGGUAGCUCGCAAUCUAGACAAGAACACUAUGGGUUACAUCCAGUGGCGAUGGGGGAUCCAGUCAGCCAUGAACACCAGUAUUGUCCGAGACACGAAGAACAGCCACUUCUCCAUGGCGUUACAGCUUGGAAUUCCCCAUUCCUUCAUGAUGGUUAGUUACCAGCACAAAUUUCAGGAUGAAGAACAAACGCGACUAAAAGGAUCAAUAAAGGCCGGAUUUUUUGGUACGGUGGUGGAGUACGGAGCCGAGAGAAAGAUUUCCAGGCACAGCGUGCUGGGAGCAACUGUCAGUGUCGGCGUACCCCAAGGAGUAUCUUUAAAAAUAAAGUUAAAUAGAGCCAGUCAGACAUAUUUCUUUCCUAUCCACCUGACAGAUCAGCUUCUGCCAAGCGCUGUAUUUUAUGCCACUGUGGGCCCUCUCGUUAUCUACGUGGCCAUGCAUAGGCUUAUCAUCAAACCCUACCUCAGGGCUCAGAAAGAGAAAGAGCUGGAGAAGCACAGAGAAAACUCCGCAACAGAUGUGCUCCAGAAGAAGCAAGAGGCAGAGGCUGCAGUGCGGCUGAUGCAAGAAUCUGUGAGACGGAUCAUCGAAGCUGAAGAGGCAAAAAUGGGCCUGAUCAUACUCAAUGCCUGGUAUGGCAAAUUUGUGACGGACAACAGCAAAAGGAACGAAAAGGUGAAAGUGAUCGAUGUGACUGUGCCACUGCAGUGUUUAGUAAAAGACUCCAAACUGAUCCUGACGGAGGCUUCCAAAUCUGGGCUGCCUGGUUUUUAUGACCCUUGUGUUGGUGAAGACAAAAGCCUCAAGAUCCUGUACCAGUUCAGAGGAGUCAUGCACCAAGUCAUGUCCGGGGAUAAUGAGCCACUUAGGAUACCAAAACAAUCUCACAAGAUCGAAACAGACGGCUAGCUCCGCUGCUCGAGGGAAAGAAGGAACUACAUGGGGCUGGAACGGACCCGGCCUCUGAAAAACAUUUACUGGGAUCCUUGAAAAACAAAAACUAUAAAAGUCAAGAUGUUCUGGUCAGGCAGGAAAUAGGAGCGAUGUCUUGGUAUGGACCUACUAUAAUAUAAAACAAUGUGUUUUCUGGGUAUAAUGUGGCAAUAUUUCAUUGGUGAUAUAUGGAGGAACUAGUUAAGGAAAGCUGCUGGGUACUACUGACCUACUGUACCAGUGCAAUUGGUUCCUGAUGUUCGGAUUAAAUUGUAUAAGUCAUGAGAGCAGAGGAACUGGCCCUAAUAACUGACAAAUGAGCCAGCACUUCUAAUCAGUCCAGUCAGACCAAGCGAUAAGGUGACACUCAGGAUUCCCAGGCUCUGCUGCUUGUUUCCUUUUUUUUCUUUGAUAGACAAAGUCCUCCAGCUUUUGUGAAUGAACGGUUCCAGCAUCCACAGCCUGCCGAGGAUGCUGGGAGUUAGAGUUCACAGGACCUGGAAGACCGAGACAUCUGCAAGUUAAAUCUUUCCCAUCACCCAGGAGGCCAUAUAAAGUAAAGGGAUAUCCUGGCAUGCUAAGAGCUCUCUAUAUAUUUCUGCUGUAUCAUGGGAAGCGGUAUGCAGGGAACAUAUUUAUUGAAAGAAAAUGCUGGUUUUAUUUUUUGUUUUUUUAAUUAUUAUAUAUAUAUAUAUAUAUAUAUAUAUAUAUAUAUAUAUAUAUAUAUAUAUAUAUAUAUAUAUAUAUCUACGCAGCUGUCUGCAUGUCCCUCUUGCCAAACUAUAUAGCAAUCUUUUUAUAUCUGCCUUGUAGUAGCAGGUGCCCACCACACUGGGGCGCCCGAAGCACAUCAUUUUACAACAGCAAAUUUGAUUUGCUAUUCUCCUUUCUUAUAUUUUUAGUCUUUUGUCUGUAGAAGUCGUCGUUGCAUUUUGUUUGAACCAAGUGAAAUAAGAACUCAGGGCAUGUACGUGUGCAGCUAUGACCUUCUGAGCCCACAGAGUAUUUGUCGGUUCUUUAUAAAUAGAUAUAAUGAGAAGUGAAAGUAUCACGGUGGGCCGUCAGUCAUUAUCCAUUAUAAAGAGAUAUAUCACCGUCAGUCUCUACUCGAUAUUACACCCUGUAUUUCUGCUAUCAUCAUAUUUUCUGCAGGGAAAUACUUGUCUGUCUCACUGAAGAGCCUAAACCAUUCAAACCCAGGACAGGUUUCUUUUGUACGACCAAUGCCAGAGUGAAAUAAAUCAAAUGUCAAUAAAACAGGAUAUUUUCAA